GCUCCCUGGCCGGUUCCGAUCAGUUCUGAGUGGAAUGUCUUGCAAGGCGGUUUAAUUGAAGGUGCACAAGCCCUAAGCGCGAUCGUACUAUAGGCUGCAAGCGACGGUGUUUUGGGAGAUGGUAGACCAGACAGUUCGUUAACGGGUGAACAGACUUUUCGGGUUGUGCCAAACGAAUAGACCCAUAUAAUCGAGAAAUGUUACUACACGAGAGUGCCGCCAGCAUGGAACAAAGUAUGCCCGAGAACCUCAGCACUCACGUGUACGGGGAGUGUGAAGUGAACUCAGCUCUGACGAACUGUUCUGAUUCCGAUCCAGUCGAAAGUGAUCGGGAUCUGCCGACCAAAGACUCCUGCGCUCCGACUGCCAUGGUCGGCUCGCCGUCAGCCACCACUAAGAGCACCACCAAAGUCAAGCUGAGUUUCAGUGUGGAUCGGCUGCUGGGCUCCGAGCCCGGCGAGUCUGAACGGAAGAGCAAUUCGUCGCCUUCGACGAGGUCCUGCUGCGAUGGUGGUACCUUUGCCUGCUGCUCGUUUCCGCACUGCUUUAGCCAAGCGAAUGCAGAGUCUCGUAAGAUUGGACAUGCUCCGAUCUUCGCAAAUGCUGCUCCCACUUCUACGCACCCUUAUGUGGCCCUUGACAGACUAUAUCCUAGCCUGUAUAUGGAUUACAAAUCAGUACUGAGACCGACGCCCCUUCGGGCAGCAGAACAUGCGUCACCCACUUAUCCGACGCUGGCUACAAACGCGCUCCUGCGGUUCCAUCAACAUCAGAAGCAGCAGCAUCAACAGCAUCAUCAUCAACCGCACCACCCAAAACACCUCCAUCAGCAGCAAAAGCCCCCGCAACACAUCCCGACGACAGCUGCGGGACUGCUGGCGCCCCUUCACAGCCUCACGACCCUUCAGCUGACGCAGCAACAGCGAUUUAUGGGCAAGACGCAGCAGCAGCUCCUGGACGUUACCCCCACCUCGCCUGCGGGACCCACGUUGCAAAAUGGAGGCCACCCGCAACAGGGGAGCGGCAGUACUCCAGGUAACGGUUCCGCCAACAACAAUGGAAAGCGCAAGCGCUCGUGGUCUCGGGCCGUCUUCACGAACCUCCAGCGCAAGGGCCUGGAGAUUCAGUUCCAGCAACAGAAGUACAUCACCAAGCCCGAUCGCCGGAAGCUGGCGGCUCGGCUCAACCUCACCGACGCUCAGGUCAAGGUCUGGUUUCAAAACCGUCGCAUGAAGUGGCGACACACGCGGGAGAAUCUUAAGAGCGGCCAGGAGAAGCAACCAACUGCGGCACCGGGAGCGGGAAGUGCCUUUAAGGCCUCAACGGCCUCGGGAAGCAGUACGCCCCGGGAAACGCUCGACUACAGUUCCGACAGCUGUUCUAGCGUCGAUUUGAGCGAACAGGCCGACGACGAUGAUAGCGUUGAAAUAAAUGUGGUCGAGUAGAGCUGCCCCCCAAGCUGCUGUCAACUUCGAGUCACACAUGUAAAAUGCCAUGUAGAUGUAUUUACUAAGAUCGUUACUAGCAGUAAUGUAGAUAUAUACUGAAACAGCGAAUUUAAAUUAUUUGCAGUUGUAAGGUAAACUAAACGUUCACUUCUACCAUAUUUAUUUUAGAAUAACCAACAAUAAAAUAAAACUUGGUGUAAA